GCGCGGUCGCGACCCGAAGAUGGCCCGGGACGCAGGCGUCGUCUACCUGCUGAUCGUGAUCGUGCACCUCUGCUCGUGCGCGCGUAAUAUCAAUUACGUCAAUUACAAUGAGCAUCAUCUCGAGAGCGAAAAGAUUUGCCAUAUGUUGAACAAGGCGUCCACGACCGAACUGCGUAACGGCGUCGCGGCAAUUGUCGCGCCGAAUCAUAUGUUCGACCGUUGGGUCGUCACCGCCGACCGCUACUGCAAGUUCUUCUUCAGCACUGGCAGCAGCGAAGGCCUCUUCGUGGUUAUUCAAAAGUUGUUUUUCCGCCGCGAUGGCGAUCGGUGUAUCGAUUACAUACGGUUCAAGAGAAGCGACGGUCAUAGCACAAAGAGGUUCUGCGGGGAGAUAGACCGCAGCCAGACCAUGUACCUUCCGGUCCCCGAGCCCAAGGACCAUUUAGACAGUGUGAGCGACAACUGGCUACGCAAUUAUGACAUGUACGCGGAAUACGAUCCCGUUAAAAGGAAAACGAAAUGGAAGGGGGACAACGCCGUGAUAGAAACUGAAAUAUUUAUCUCCAAGGAAAGAGUACCGGACGGACAAUCCCUGGAUCUUCUUAUAAGUUACACCCCGUUCAAGAGUUGCAAUGAUGCGAGUGCCGACUACAGGCCGGUCGGACUCAGCACUUGCAUUCGGAAGGAAUAUCUGUGCGACAACAUCUACAACUGCCCCUUCGGCAUGUGCUCGGACGAGGUGAAUUGCACGGUCAACGAUCGAUACCCCAAGGACGACACCGCCACGAAGGUCACUGUAGGUGCGGUCACCACCAUGAUCCUCUGCUUCAUCGUCUUCGUCAUGUGCCUGUGGAUCUGCAAGAAGUCGCAAAAGCUGUGCUGGUCAUCGGACUGCGCCGGCCCGAACGCGUGCUCGCGGCCGGUCUCCCUGCCGGACGCGGACGGAGGCGGUCAGGGAUCCAAUCGCGCGGUACCCACGGCCCCCAUGCUGGAGGUCGUGGUGUCCUCGCCUGUCGCGGACAAGGAUCUGCCGCCCAGUUACGACUCGUUGUUCCCCGAACAGAGUAAUCCUGCCAGAUCGUGAGUUGCUAAUUCCGCGGGUACACCUAAACGUACCGUCUAAUGUUUUAAUUAGACGCUGCGUCGUCACGCACCCAAUGAUGUAAGUAGACCGAUCCUCGCGCGCACACGGUUCUUUAAAGUGCGAGCAGGACUUUACUCUGAAAGAAAACGCUCUGAUAAAUUAAAGUUGCACGCAUCAGUUUCGAUUCUGUCUCGUAUGAUCAAUAAUUUUUUCUGGCUGGCAGCGUUGAAGCAGCUUCAGGAAGCUAUUGAUGCUACAGAUAAAUCAGUUACGACUGAGACGCGAUACUGCUCUUUGUUCGUUCUUGGAUGAAUGGAUGAAGAGAGUCUUGGUAAUCAACGAAAUUGUUGCGUGCAUCAAUUUUAAUCAUUUUGACCAAAGUAAUUCCUCAUAAUUGAAGCACCACUGUUCAUCCACCGUUCACAUUCAGUUGCACCAUUGCAUGCACUUGCACGCAGUACUGUUGUAUCGGCAUUACAUAUUCGUUGUUUCUUUUUGUACAUUAGUGAGUUGUGCAGCGGUAAAUAGGUAUCUCAGUUAAGUUUCUUUUGUCUCGCGUACGUAUAGUUUUAAAGCUUUCGUUUCUUCGCUGCAACCUUACGGAAUUAUGACAUGAGAAAAGGAAAAUAGUGA